AUUUAAGUAAUUUGAUCUUGAACCCCACCCUCUAAUCGGACAGAAGUGACACUUGAUGGUGAAUGGCAACUGUGAUCACUGAUCAACACCAAAUUAACAGCUAGCAUUCAUGAAUUGAUUAUAGGAGAUCAUUAAGCAAUUAAUCUAGUAGUAUGGAUCCUGUUGAUGCUUGUUUUUUUUUGCUUGCUUACUUGUUUGCUCAAUAAACAUUUGAAUAUUCUGGGUAUUGUAUUGUGUUUAUCUCACAAAAAAAAAAUCUUUCAAUGGUCAAAUAAGACGGUGCACCUAUGGUCCUCUUGUGCUUUUCUGACCUAAUUUCUCCUUUUUUUAUCCCUUUGGAGGAUGGCCUUUGUGUGUUUUGUGAUUUCAUAAAAUGUUAUUAUAUGCCUGUGAAGUGGGAAUUCUUGUCUUUGGAAGGCCAAAAGUUGGAAGCUAACACUAGCUAUUGUUUAUUCUUCACUUGCCAUUAGAGUUUAGAGGAGUUUUUUAAGUUACAAUAGGGUUAGGGAUUGAAGGUUGAGGUUUAUUGGCUUGUAAUUUGUGUUUGGUGCAUCAUUUGCCCCCACAAAAUUAUGAUAAAAACUUGCACAUAAGAACUAAUAUAAUUUUUUUUAUUAGGCUCUAGUGUAGGCUGAUGGUCUAUGAGGCUUGUUGAUGUCUCUUUUUGAUUUUUGUACUCAAGAUAUAUGGUCAAAUAAUCCAUUAUUCAUCCUUGGUCUUGCAGUGUCAUAAUAACAUAAUAAUUUACUGAUUCUUAAAUUGCUUUCAUAGGAUUCUACUAUAAUUUUGUUCUCAAACUAUGGCCUUGUUCUUUUUAUAUGAACACUCGGUUCAAGGAAUCUUAAAUUAUAAAAUAGUCAAUUUUUUGUUUGCUAGUUUGUGAAAUCGACAGAAAUGGCAAUAACCGAGAUGUGCUCAUCUCGUCUUAAUACUCUAGCUGCUGCGAAAUUAUAAAAUAGUAAUGUUUAAACUAUGUCUGAUCUUGGAAACUCAACCAGCAUCCUUCCUUUUUUCAGAUUGGAUUUAGCUUGUUUAGGAAGCAUUUGGAUCAAUUUACAAAUUAUAUGUGGGUCAAGCUUUGCCAUAUGUACUAUCUGUGUGCAGCAUUGUAGUGUGGAGAUUGAUAAUUAUUGUUUAUGGAAGCUACAAGUACAACUUAUGGAUUCAGUUAAGCGGCCAGCAACCACUCCAAGUAAGAGUAGGAUAGCUCGAGCAAUUUCAAAGGUUCUGCAUGUUCGUGCAGUAACUGGAAUUACCCCAUCCGAUGGACUACAAAGAGUCAAAACAAAAGAAAAGAUCCAGGAGGUAAAACCGCAAGAAAAGAUCUGGGAGUCGAAGCCUCAUGAUAAGUCCAGGGAGAUGAAACCUCAGGAAAAAAUCAAAGCUGAGCUAGUUCAUGUUGUUCACUGCAAAUUGGGGGAGAAACAAGAUGAAGAGGUUGCCAAUAGGGUUGCUCGCGAAGCUGUUCUUGCUAAAGUAUUUGCCAGCAUUUCAUCUAUCAAAGCUGCCUAUGCUCAAUUACAAUUUGCACAAUCUCCCUAUGAUGCCGAAGGAAUUCAAUCUUCUGAUGAGAUGGUGGUCUCUGAGUUGAAGACUUUAUCAGAGGUAAAACAGUGUUUCACAAAGAAACAGUUUGAUCCACUCCCUGAAAAGGGUUUACUCACAUAUGAGUUGCUAGAGCAGAAGAACAUGGUGAAAACUUAUGGGAUUACGGCAAAAAAAUUAGAGUAUGAGGUCAAGCUGAAAGAGUCCGAAAUCACAUUCCUAAAGGAGAAACUAGAGGAAUUCAAGAAAGAUAACAGGUUGAUUGAGAAAAGACUAAAUGCUAGUGGCUCACUUGCUGUCCUGGACAAUCUUCACAUGUCAGGAUUAAGUCCCAACCAUUUCAUCCCCGUUCUCAGGCAUACAGUAAGAUCUAUUCGGACAUUUGUGAAGCUAAUGGUCAAUGAGAUGCAGUCUGCCGGGUGGAAUCUGGAGGCAGCGGCUAAUGUUAUCCAUCCCAGUGUUUCAUACUGGAAACAAGAGCACAGAUGCUUCACGUUCGAGUCAUUUGUGAGCAAAGAAAUGUUCGACAGUUUCCACAUUCCUAACUUUGCACUCCCUAAUGAAUCAUUACCAGAACAUAAGCAGCGGCGAAGGUUGUUUUUCGAGAGAUUCACCGAGUUGAAGUCAGUUAAAGCAAAGGAUUAUCUAUGCCAGAAGCCCAAGUCAACAUUUGGAAAGUUUUGUCGAGCCAAAUACCUGAGGCUAGUGCACCCAAAGAUGGAGUCAUCCUUCUUUGGAAACUUGACCCAGAGAAACCUUGUGAAUUCUGGUGAUUACCCAGAUACUGCCUUCUUUACCUCAUUUGCAGAAAUGGCUAAGAGGGUAUGGCUCCUUCAUUGCUUGGCAUUCUCUUUCGACCCUGUGGCCUCAAUCUUCCAGUUCAAGAAAAGGUGUCGGUUCUCUGAGGUUUACAUGGAAAGUGUCUCAGAUGAGGCUUUCUUACCAGAAGCCGAACCAUGUGUUGCCUUCACAGUAGUACCUGGGUUCAAGAUCGGUAAAACUAUUAUCCAGUCUCAGGUGUAUCUCUCUGGUGCGUAACACUUACACACGCCAUGCCGGUGGGAGGGUCUUUUGAGAUCUGAUCGGACAGUGUAGAUUCGGUCGAAACAGGAAAGCGGUGUGGGGCCCACAAUACAUAACUGGAUGCCAUUGAUUUUGGGUCUUGUAGAUCAAUUAUGGAGAAAUGAAAAGAUUACGGUGUCUCCUUUUUUGUUGCGUGGUUGCUGCAAUGCUGAGUGUGAUGUGGGGACUGAGGCUUGCUGUGCAACAUGGUAACUUGGGCCAUUUUGUCCCUUAAUCUGUGGCUUUUUAAAAAUGUUCCAAUGCAAAAAAAGGCGCAUUGGACCGUUGUGGGCAUUGGGAAGAUAUAAUGCAGGAAUAGUUUAAGUUUUCCUUAAAAAAAAUUAUCAUUUUGCCCAAAUUUUGUUAAUAUCUAGGUCGGAAAUGGGCUACUUACUCUUCGUUGUACUCGUAAUAUGUUGGCACCAAUUUAAAACAUGCUAUGUUUCCUGUAACCCUGUAUAUGAAAAAGAAGUUUAGGAGUUUAUUUGAAUGUGCAAAUCGCUUAUUUUUGUGCCA